AUGAUGCUGUGGGUGUCACUGCUGGUCCUAGCUCCUGUCAGUGGACAAUUUGCAACUGAACAAAAAUCUGUAAUUUUCCUCCAUCCUCCAUGGACCACUGUCUUCCAAGGAGAGAAUGUGACACUGACUUGCAAAGCAUUUCACUUUGAUGCAUCAAAGAAAAUAAAAUGGUACCGUUGGUAUCUUCUGGAAGAAAUACAAAGUGAAACCUCAGGAAACACCCAUGAGGUCCAUGAAUCUGGAGAUUACAGAUGCCAGGCCCAGGACUCACUCCCGAGUAAUCAUGUGGGCUUGAUCUUUUCUCCAGCCAACCUAAUCCUGCAGGCUCCACUUGAUGUGUUUGAAAACGAAUCUGUGAUUCUGAGAUGCCGAGCAAAGGCAAACAGAGUACUGAAUACUAUAAAGCUGUACAAGAAUGAAAAAGUCCUUGAAGUCCUUGAAAAAUCCUCUGAAUUCCAUAUUCAUCAGGCAAGUCUGAAGGACAAUGGCAAAUAUCACUGUAUUGGAGUUAAGGAAGAUGAUCAGUUGGUUUCUUCAAACUCGGUCAAAAUUGAAGUCCAAGAGCUGUUUCCAAGUCCUGUGCUGAGAGCCAGCUCCACCCAGCCCACCGAAGGAGGAGCAGUGACUCUGACCUGUGAGACCCAGCUCUCUCCACAGAGGCCAGAUGUCCAGCUCCAGUUUCACUUCUUCAGAGACAGAUGGCGCCUGGGGUCAGGCUGGAGAAGCUCCCCAGAAUUCAAGAUCCCCGCCAUAUGGAGAGAAGACUCAGGGUUUUACUGGUGCCAGGCACAGAGCAUGAAUUCCUCUGUCCAGAAACAGAGCCAGAGAUUACAGAUACAGGUGAAAAAAGUUGUUCCUGACAUCCGUAUAUACCCUCGCCCAAAGUUGGUGUUUGAAGGGCAGGAGCUGGUGCUCAUCUGCUCAGUAAAUGGAGUUCCAGGGCCCAUCACAGUUUCUUGGUACAGAAAAUUCAAAAAGCUGAGGACAGGAAGAAAGCUUCACACUUCCUCAGAAACAGAAUUCAAGAUCCCUGUGGUGACAAACAGCUAUGAUGGAGAGUAUUACUGUGUUGCCAGCAAUAGUCGCUCCUCCUUCCACAGUGACCCAGUGACCAUCAAUGUGAAAGUCCCUGUGUCUCAACCUGUCCUCACCCUCAGCCCCCCUGGGACCCAGACUCUUGUGGGAGAUGAGGUGAACUUCGACUGUGAAGCUCAGAGAGGUUCUCUGCCCAUCUGGUAUCAGUUUUUUCGUGAAGGUGUGCUGCUCAAGAAGAUAGAAGCUACUUUAUGGAGAACAACAUCCUAUAGAUUCUCUCUGACUGCAGAGCAUUCUGGGAACUACUACUGCACAGCUGACAAUGGCCUUGGCCCCCAGAGCAGUGAGACCCUGAGACUCUCUGUCAUCGUUCCAGUAUCUCGCCCUGUCCUCACCCUCAGGGCUCCCGGGGCCCAGGCUGUGGUGGGGGACGUGAUGGAGCUUCACUGUGAGGCCAGGAGAGGCUCUCCCCCGAUCCUGUACCAGUUUUAUCAUGAGGAUGUCAGCCUGGGGAGCAGCUCAAGCCCCUCUGGAAGGGGAGCUUCCUUCAACCUCCUUCUGACGGCAGAGCAUUCUGGGAACUACUUCUGUGAGGCCAACAAUGGCCAGGGGGUCCAGCGCAGUGACGCAGUGUCACUCAGUGUCAGAGUUCCAGUAUCUCGCCCUGUCCUCACCCUCAGGGCUCCCGGGGCCCAGGCUGUGGUGGGGGACGUGAUGGAGCUUCACUGUGAGGCCAGGAGAGGCUCUCCCCCGAUCCUGUACCAGUUUUAUCAUGAGGAUGUCAGCCUGGGGAGCAGCUCAAGCCCCUCUGGAAGGGGAGCUUCCUUCAACCUCCUUCUGACGGCAGAGCAUUCUGGGAACUACUUCUGUGAGGCCAACAAUGGCCAGGGGGUCCAGCGCAGUGACGCAGUGUCACUCAGUGUCAGAGUUCCAGUGUCUCACCCUGUCCUCACCCUCAGGGCUUCCAGGGCCCAGGCUGUGGUGGGGGACAUGGUAGAGCUUCACUGUGAGGCCGGGAGAGGCUCUCCCCCGAUCCUGUACCAGUUUUAUCACAAGGAUGUCGCCGUGGGGAGCAGCUCAGCUCCCUUGGGAGGAGGAGCAUCCUUCAACCUCUCUCUGACCAUGAAACAUUCUGGAAACUACUCUUGUAAGGCCGACAAUGGCCUGGGGGUCCAGCAGAGUGAGGUGAUGCUACUCAGUGUCAUAGUUCCAGUGUCUCAUCCUAUCCUCACCCUCAGGGCCCCCAGGGCCCAGGCUAUGGUGGGGGAUGUGGUGGAGCUUCACUGUGAGGCCCAGAGAGGCUCUCCCCCAAUCCUGUACCAGUUUUAUCACAAGAAUGUCACCCUGGAGAGCAGCAUGUCCCACUCUGGACAAGGAGUGUCCCUCAACCUCUCACUGACUGCAAAUCAUUCUGGAACCUACUCCUGUGAGGCCGACAAUGGCCUGGGUCCCCAGCGCAGUGAGGCAGUGACACUUUCCAUCACAGGGCUGACAGGGAGCAGAAGUGGCCCUGUUGCCACCGGUGUCACCGGGGGGCUGCUCAGCAUGAUGGGUCUCGCUGCCGUGGCACUGUUGUUCUACUGCUGGCUCCCGAGAAAAACAGGAGAAAAGCCUACAUUUGACUCCUCCAGGAACCCGUCAGCUUCAGAUCCGCAAGAGCCCACCUACCACAAUGUACCAAGCUGGAUAGAACUGCAACCAGUGUACAGCAAUGUAAAUCCUAACAGAGGAGACGUGGUGUACUCGGAAGUCCGGUGCAUGAAGGGGGAGAACAAACCGGCAGCAGCCUAUGACCCAGAGCUUCUCAAGAACACGGAUUCCUGUGUCAUCUACUCCCAGGUGAAGGGGGCUUACACCGCAGCCCCUAAGCCCCAGCUCUUGGCUGCAUCCACUCCUCACAGAUGA